CGUCCCGCCAGCUGGGGAGUGCCGGGGGCUCCGGCCCCGCCCCGAGGGCCCCUGACGCUGGUGGGAGCAGCCGUUGCUAUGGCUGGAUUGUUACAUAUGAGACUGUCACCCCUGAAAAGGCCUUGGCAGCCCGCGCCCCGAAGGAGAGCGGACCUGCGGGUGGACGGAGGGCCCUCGGGGCCCAGGCUGCGAGUCUGUGCGGGAGACGCCCCGGGAACCGCGGAACCCCGCGCCCCCUGGGCUUCCAGAGUGGCCCGCCGUGUCACAGAGGGGCGGGGGGGCCCGUCCUCACCCGGAGACGCGCAGGCGGGGAUGCGGACAUGGCUGACGCCCACGCUCUAGACGCCCCGGCGGUCAUUUUCGACAAUGGGUCUGGGCUGUGCAAGGCCGGGCUGUCCGGGGAGAUCGGGCCCCGUCACGUGGUCAGCACCGUGGUGGGGCACCCCAAGUUCCCCGUGGCCUCGGCGGGGGCCGCCCAGAAGCUCUUCGUCGGGGAGGAGGCCCUGCACAAGGGUGACGCCCUGCACCUGUGCCGCCCCAUCGAGCGCGGCCUGGUCACCGGCUGGGACGCCAUGGAGGCGCUCUGGAGGCACCUGUUCGAGUGGGAGCUGGGCGUGAAGGCCUGCGGCCAGCCGGUGCUGGUGACCGAGCCUGCCCUGAACCCCAGGGAGGCCCGGGAGAAGGUGGCCGAGCUCAUGUUCGAGACCUUCCAGGUGCCGGCCUUCUACCUGUCGGACCAGGCCGUGCUGGCCCUCUAUGCCUCGGCCUGCGUCACGGGCCUGGUGGUGGACAGCGGGGACGGCGUCACCUGCACCGUGCCCAUCUUCGAGGGCUACUCGCUGCCCCACGCGGUCGGCAAGCUGCACGUGGCGGGGCGGGACGUCACGGAGCACCUGGCGCAGCUGCUGCGGGCGGGCGGGCAGGCCUUCGCCUGCGGGCUGAGCACGGCGCUGCUGGACGACAUCAAGGAGAGGCUGUGCUACGUGGCGCUGGAGCCCGCGCGGGAGCUGGCGCGGCGGCCCGAGGAGGUGCUGCGGGAGUACAAGCUGCCGGACGGCAGCCUCGUCCAGAUCGGCGACCAGCUGUUCCAGGCGCCCGAGGCCCUGUUCGCGCCCCAGCGGCUGGGCCUGCAGAGCCCCGGCCUCGCCCAGAUGGUCCAGUGCAGCGCGGCCCAGUGUGACGCCGACGUCCAGAACACCCUCUACGGGGAGAUCGUGCUCUCGGGGGGCAGCACGCUGUUCCCGGGCCUGGACGACCGGCUGCUGAAGGAGCUGGAGCGGCUGGCCUCCAAGGGGACCCCCAUCAAGAUCACGGCGCCCCCCGACCGCUGGUUCUCCACCUGGAUCGGCGCCUCCAUCGUCACCUCCCUGAGCAGCUUCCGGCAGAUGUGGGUCACCUCGGCCGACUUCAAGGAGUUCGGGACGUCCGUGGUUCAGAGGAGAUGCUUCUGAGGGGCCCGCGCCUGGGGCGGUGCCCCUGGGCGGGGAGCGCGCCUCCCCCCCACCCCCGUGUUGGCCGGGGGUCCAAUAAAGAGA